AUGGCUUCCAAGCGCCAGCCCCCAGCACAGAAGCAGCCAGAUGGCAGGAACAAGAAAGCGAAGAAGAGUGGAGAGGAGGAUGACACCUGGAGCUCCACCUUGGCAGCCCUGAAGACUGCCCCCAAGGAGAAGCCCCCCCCCACUGUUGAUGGGCUGUGCCCCCUGAGCACGGCACCGGGCACCCAGGUCUAUGAGGACUAUGACUGCACCCUGAAUCAGACCAACAUCAGUGCCAACAACAAUAAGUUCUACAUCAUCCAGCUCCUUGAGCAUGAUGGUGCCUACAGCGUUUGGAGCCGCUGGGGUCGCGUGGGGGAAGUGGGACAGUCCAAGCUCAUGCCCUGCCCCUCCCUGGAGGCUGCCAAGAAGGACUUUGAGAAGAAGUUCUGGGAGAAGACCAAGAACAGAUGGGUGGCGAGGGAGAACUUUGUCGCCCAGCCAGGGAAGUACACACUCAUCGAGGUGCAGCCAGGGGCUGGGCAGGAGGCGGAGGUUGCCGUCAAGGUGGAUGGUGUGGAUGGGAAGAAGGUCUGCAAGCAGCGGGUACUGCCCUGCACCUUGGACAAAGCCACGCAGGACCUGGUGUCCCUCAUCUUCAGCAGCGACAUGUUCCAGGAUGCCAUGCAGACCAUGAAUAUCGAUGUGAAGAAGAUGCCACUGGGGAACCUGAGCAAGCAGCAGAUCGCAAGAGGUUUUGAGGCACUGGAAGAGUUGGAGGCAGCGCUGCAGGAGCAGCCUCCCAAGGCUGCCUGCCUGGAGGACCUCUCGUCCCGCUUCUACACCAUCAUCCCCCAUAACUUUGGGCGGGCACGGCCACCCCCCAUUAACACUCCUGAACUGCUUCGUGCCAAGAAGGAUAUGCUGUUGGUGCUGGCUGACAUUGAAGUGGCACAGAGCCUGCAGGCACAGAAGGUGAAGGAGGAGGAGGAGGAAGAGGAGGAGGAAGUCGCCCACCCGCUGGAUCAGGAUUAUGCCCUGCUCUGCUGCCAGCUCUCCCUGCUUGACCCAGCUUCCCGGGAACACCAGCUGAUCCAAAACUACGUGACACAGACUGGGUGGGAAUUUUUUGGGUGGACCCUCCACAUCCUCAACAUCUGGCAGGUGGCUCGAGAUGGUGAGGAUGAGCGCUUCAAAGCCCACGACCUCCUGGAGCACCGUCGCCUGCUUUGGCAUGGCACCAACAUAGCGGUGAUCGCGGCCAUCCUGAAGAGUGGACUGCGCAUCAUGCCCCACUCAGGCGGGCGUGUGGGCAAGGGCAUCUACUUUGCCUCUGAGAACAGCAAGUCAGCCGGCUACGUGUGCUGCACAUCCGAGAAUAUUGGCAUCAUGUUCCUGUCAGAGGUGGCCCUGGGCAAGCCCUACUGCAUCACCCGUGAUGACCCCACCUUGCGCCAGCCUCCCACUGGCUAUGACAGUGUCCUGGCCUGUGGCCAGACAGAGCCAGACCCUGCACAGGAUGAGGAGGUGCUGCUGGAUGGCAAGAAGGUGCUGGUGUCUCAAGGCAAGCCCAUCCCCAUGGCCGCCUACAAGGACUCCUCUUUCCUGCAGAGUGAGUACCUCAUCUACAAGGAGAGCCAGUGCCGGAUCCGCUACCUUGUUCAGCUCCGCUUCUGA